AUGCACAUGGUUGCCAUAGUAAUAUCACUCUGCUUUUGCAAAGCUGCUGAGCUAAGCAGAGACAACCCUGCUGGUUUGCGAAAUUGAGUAAAUCAUGGCGCAGGUGGGGGCUGGAGAGGCUCCAACCCAGUCAAAUGCUAUGCACCAGGCUUCCCCUGCAAUGUAUACAUGUAUCUCCGCGAGAAGUAUUUAAACUGUCAAGAAAGAAAAUUAGUUUAUGUGUUACCUGAUUGGCCUCAAGAUUUGCUGCACAUGCUGAUAGCAAGAAACAAGAUCCAAGUGUUAAAAAACAACAUGAUUGCCAAGUUUACAAAGCUGAAAAGUCUGGAUCUGCAACAGAAUGAGAUCUCCAAACUUGAGAAUAAGGCAUUCUUUGGUUUAAACAAACUUACAACCGUUUUACUGCAGCAAAACCAGAUCAAAGUCUUGACAGAGGAGGUGUUCAUUUAUACAUCUCUACCUAGCUACCUGAGACUUUAUGACAACCCCUGGUACUGUACUUGCCCAGGCUGGCUUUGA